AUGAAAUUCCUCUUGGCCUUUAUCGGCUUUUUGCCGAUGACCACCGCCAUCGGCAUACUAUGCAAACCUUGGGUAAGUAGUUUAUCCAUAAAAGUUUAGGAACAUAAUUCAGUAUUAAAAAUUAUAAACAGAAAAGGGAGUUUGGUUUCUUUUGAUAGGCAUUUAAUCCGAGGACUUUGACUCGACUUUUUAUUGUUAUAGUCUGUGUGCCACGGCUUGAAAUUUCACCAAACGAUAUUCCGCUGUUCAUCCCGACCAAGGUUCGCAAAGACGCGCAGCGGCGUAGCGGAAUGUCGUUCGGUGAAAUUUCGAGUCGUGGUACAAAGGCUAUAACAACAGAUUAAAAUAGAGUGAGAUCUGAAAAUCUAACUUUCGAACCCAAAAGUUCCCGGUAAGCGAGAAAUUUCGAUUUUUGAUUUUGAAAAAUAUCUCACUCAGAAGACAAGAAUAACUCCGAAUUUCAGGACAACAAAACCGACAGCAGACAAGUUUUCACGCUCGAAACGCCUUUGAAAACUGGGGAUACCAUUUUUCUCAAUGCGACCGGCAGCAGUAGCAAAUCGAUUACACAGUUAAUUUUUCACGGUUUUGGUCAGAUCUUGUCAGAAAAUCGAUGAACAAGAUUGAAAAAAAUAAUAUUACCAACAUCAACAAGUUUUCUCGAUUCCAGCUUUAUCUUCGAUUUGUACGAGGGAACUCCAUUAGCGACCGAUGCGAGUAAAAACGCUUCUCUUCGAAUUAUCGCCAAUUUGAACACCACCAUGAUGGCUUUCAAUACAAAUACGGUUUGUUUUGCAAGCUAAAGCUGCAUUUUUGGAAGCCCAAUUUAUGGUCACACUGGAUUUUUCAUUGAACAAGUUCGAAAUGUAAGACAAAGGGUUUCUUAGAAACUCCAGAAAACCCUUGAAUGGUCUUCUCUAGGGAUCACUUUACCAACCCUUGUAGAUGCCACUGAAGGUUGUUAAAGUGGCUCUUCUAGGGGUAUUAGUUUUGAGCCUCUACGGGGAAUAUGCUAGUCGUCCAUAUCCCUAGACCCUAUAGAGACCACUCUGGAUUUCUUUAGUGCAGACCAAAAAAAAUUACUAUGGAAGUCUUAAACGCGUUACUUUUUCGAUACUUUAUUCCCUAAUAUUUCAAGUCUGGUUUCUCUACGCUCUCCUUUCCUCCAGCGACUCUCUCAUUUGUUCUUCUUUGGUGAGAGAAAAGAGAGCGCAGGGAAGUCAAACUGGCUCAAUUAGUGAUGGAUGAGAUAGAAAUGGAAAAUCGAUACCUACACCUUUGAAAAUAAACUCUGAACCUUCAGCCCGAUGGAAAGUACAAGGAAGAGCCCAAGUUGUCUCCUGUCAAGCGCAACAUAUCAUUCAAAAUCAAGAUUUUGUCUGUCUUCCACGAUAAUCUCGGACAAAAUUGAUUAUUUCAGAGUGCGACAGCUUGAUUAUCAGAUUUUCGUUAACGACAAGCUUUUCUGGACCUACAACUUCCGUCGACCAUUACUCGGCACGGUUAAAGCCAUCGGAAUCGAAGGAAUCAAGUUCACGAGCACCACAGAGAAGCAAGUCUAAGUCCGAAAAGCUUGAGAAACAGAACAUUGAAAAAGAAAAUCUUUCUGUCUCGAAAAGAAACUCUCGCUCUCAAUAUGAAGAAACGAUUUCAGUUCCUGCCCGGCUUACUUUGGAAGGCGGAACUCGCCAGAUUUCCAAACCAUCGUGAUUGAAGGCGGAAAAGUCAAUAUCCUCUGUAAGUUGUAGAGCUUUCUGGUUGCACUCCACUUGUAAUGACUCGAUUAGCAAAAUACAGAGACGCGUUCGACCUGAAACGACUUGCGCGUUUUGAAAUGAGGUGAAAGUAGCUUAGCCAGCCGCAACGCGACCGCCACGUUGCGACGACCUUGCUUGGAAACUUUUUAGUGGACACUUUAGGGAUUUGCCGAUUUAUUGGCUACUAUAGCAGUCAAAUUAAUGGUCGCUGAAGUGGUUAAAGUUCUUCAGAAGUCUGAGUCAACUUUGAAAAAUUACUAACCGAAUUUUCGCUUAAGAUGCUUUAGAGAAAAAAGAUGAAACACUAUAAUUUACAGCAUCAUUUCAAGGCUUGUCAAUGGUAAUCUGUUUUCAGAUGGUCCUACUCUGCAAGACCUACCACCAGUUGACAAUAGUAAGGGCGGCAUCGAAAUUUAA